UCAUUCAUACAGCUAUGCUUAAAAUUCAGACGCUUGCCGCUACACUGUCAAUUAGCUCGUGUUUUUAUUGGAAGUUUAAACCCAUGUGCAUCCAUGUCUAAAGCUGAACCGUGUCUACCAUUUGCUUGCAAAAUUCAAGAUUGUUUGCAGAGAAAUAAUUACCAGGAGGGUAGGUGUUCAGCGGCUAUUGAGGCUUUAAUGAACUGUUGUCAAAGAUAUUUUCACGUAAAACAAGUUUGUUGCUCUGGAUUUGAAAAGAAACUUGAGAAAAAAAAAAAAACUUUAGAUUAAAAUGUGGGGCAUAUGUUUAUCUGCCAUUUUAAAAAGAGGAAAUGUUGGUAGUUUAAUAAAACAGAGAGUACACCCCCGAAAUUAUUCACCUGUGCCUGGAAAUCCAGCCAUUAAACCCGUCAAUCCAUCUGCUGUAAUGCCACCACGGUGGAUGAAGCAUUACUACCUUGCCUUGGAAAGAAAAGAGGAAAUAGAAGGACCAGAUCCACCAUUACCAAGAUCUUCUAAACCAAACUGGAAUAUUACAGCAGAGCUAACAGCAUUUAAAAAUCGACUUGACAUUGAAGUUCCAAAUGAACUACUCGUUUCAGCUUUAACAGAGCCUUUGUUUAAUGAACCUUCAACAGAAGAUACUGGUUACAGCAAAUUACUAAAAGAUGGUUCAAAGUUUGUGGAAGAAUUUGUUUCACAUUAUGUCAAAGAGGCGUUUCCAUUCCUAACAAGUGAAGGUCGAAGUUCAAUAUGUGAUUUCUUGUUACUAGAUUCCAACAUUGCAUAUUUAGCAUUAAACCUGGGUUACAAUGAUUUACUACAGCUAACUGGAUUGAGGUCGUCAGAAAAGGUUCUUGCUGAAUCGCUUGUGGCAAGCAUAGAAGCAAUAAAUCUCAGUGAAGGGCCUGUUGCUGCUGCUAAAUUCAUAUUAAACUUUUUGGUUCCACAGUUGGUGGGAAAAGAUAUCAUAGAUGACAUCUGGAAACCUUCCAAUCCAAUGGCUUUGUUGACCGAAAGUUUCAAAAUAAGUGGCAAACCAGCUCCACAGGCAAGAUUAAUUCAACAAUGUGGAGUAAACACUGUAACACCAAUAUAUUACGUUGGACUGUUUUCUGGUAAAGAUUUAAUUGCAAAGUCUGGAGCGGAGAGCAUUGUACUUGCUGAGACUGAUGCUGCUAAACUUGCAUUAAAACAUAUUUACCAUGUCCAUACAUUAUCUAAAUCGCCACCAAUGGGAAACCUACUUAACCAAGAUUUCUUAAACAAACUAUUCUAUCCUUUAAUUGAUAACAAAACUGCAUUGAGUUCAUGAUUGUGUACAAUACAAAAACUCGUGUUUAGCAAA